UAGGUUUCCCCCCGUCAAUACCUCCCACCCAAACUAAAAGCAUAAUGCAGUCUGCCCCGGUUCGUGUUAUAAAAUCUUAAGAGCCUGCUCCUCAGCUCUGUGUGAUGGAAACAUUAGCAGGCUCAGCAACAGCAUCAAAUAGCCAACAUGUCCAGCAAAAAGGCAAAGACAAAGACCACCAAGAAGCGCCCUCAGCGCGCCACUUCCAAUGUGUUUGCGAUGUUUGAUCAGUCGCAGAUUCAGGAAUUCAAGGAGGCCUUCAACAUGAUUGACCAGAACAGGGAUGGCUUCAUUGACAAAGAGGACUUGCAUGAUAUGCUCGCCUCUCUUGGAAAGAAUCCAACAGAUGAAUACCUAGAUGCCAUGAUGAAUGAGGCUCCAGGCCCUAUAAAUUUCACAAUGUUCCUCACAAUGUUUGGGGAGAAAUUGAAUGGCACUGACCCGGAAGACGUAAUCAGGAAUGCUUUUGCUUGCUUCGAUGAAGAAGCAACAGGGUUCAUCCAAGAAGACUACCUGCGAGAGCUGCUCACCACAAUGGGAGACAGGUUCACGGAUGAGGAGGUAGAUGAGUUGUAUAGGGAGGCUCCCAUCGACAAAAAGGGGAACUUCAACUACAUCGAGUUCACACGCAUCCUGAAACAUGGAGCAAAAGACAAGGAUGACUGAGCAGAUCCUCAGAUAACUGCAGAUAGCUUUCCCCUCCUCUCCCUUCCCCCCCCAUUAGUUUUAUUUCUCAGGAUCUGUUUUCUCUUUUUUUCUGUUGGGACCUUUUGCAUACAUUUUUAGCGUUCCAGCUUUUUACCUCUGUGGACUCUGGGCCUGCUCAGGCACACCUGUGCCUUUGUAGUAAGAUUGUACAUGGACCAGGGAGGGAGGACAGCUUACAGUGAUAGAGGUUCAGGGACAAAGUGAGUGUACAGGCCCAGGUAAAAAUGUCAGUGCUACUCACUCUAGGUAGAUUCAUUUCACAGUUUUGAUGGUAGCUUUUCAAAUAAAACACUGCUAUAUUAAGCUCAUCAUUAAAAUUUUCAUGCUAGAAGUGGACUCUAAUCAUCUGUAAAUAUUUUUGCAACUAUAUGCAGUUGUGUUGUUACCUAUUUUUGCCUUAAAAAUGAAGCAUAAGUCACUUAAGUAUACUGAUGUUUGUACUUCAGCAACUUCACUUACUACUGUGAGCACAUACAAUGAAGAAACCCUGUCCUUCAAAUUCUACUAUGUUGUAAAUUAAUAAUUUCUGUCCAGGACUUGCACAUUAAACAUUUUAAAUCCUA